GGCAGAGGCUACUUAAAGUCUGCAAUACCCAAUCAACUCUACUACAGUCGAUACUCAAGAGUUCCUUCUCAUCCCCUUCUAUCUCUCUUCAGUCUUCACUCACGCGUACAAGCUGCUAGUACAGCUUCUUGCUCCGCCAUUAUCAUCGUUCAGGCGUUCACCGCUCUUCAGUGAUAAUUCAAGAAGAAUCACUUGGUGCAAUUCAUGAGGUUUUGACACCACCUUUGCAGUUGAGAAAAUGAUUGCUGCUCAGGUUAACAAUGUGUUAUGCCCUAAGACUUAUGUGCUCAAUAAACACUAUGUCAAAGGAAUUCAACCUUUACCCUCAAUUACUGCAACAUUUGUUUGUAGCCCUCCUUUGAAGUUUAGGGCUCCGUUGAAGAACACGAGCAAUGAAUUGAAAUGCAAACAGAUUAUGCCAGUUUGUAAGUCUGGCGGGGAAUCAAGAGUUGGGAAUGGAAACCAGGAACCUCUUUGGAAGUCUUUUGGAAAAGCAGUUCAAAAUCUAGGGAAGAAGCCUUCAGUAGAAGAUUUAUUGAAACAGCAGAUUGAGAAGCAAGAGUACUAUGAUGAAGGUGGAAAUCCUCCAGGUGGUCGAGGUGGCGGUGGCGGUGGCGGUGGUGGUUUUGGUGGGUUGGGUGGGUCUGAGGAAGAAGACUCCAUAUUAGAUGAGACUAUCCAAGUGAUCUUAGCAACCUUGGGUUUCAUCUUUGUGUACAUGUAUAUCAUCAAUGGUGCAGAGAUGACAAGGCUAGCUAGGGACUACAUCAAGUAUCUUUUUGGAGGCAAAAAGAGUGUUCGUUUAUCGCGUAUUUUGGACGAAUGGGAGAGACUUCGCGAGAAUUAUUCAGAUAAGGAGGUGGAUAGGUUUUGGUUGGAGAGAGCCAUUAUCAAGACCCCUACAUGGUGGGAUCGUCCUGAAAACUACAAGCGCCUUAUCAGAGCUGUCUUGCAAAAGCAAUCUAGAGCAUCUAAAGACCAAGAGUAUGACCAUGACUCCAUGAGUAACGAGUUUUAAGUGUUUAAUUUGUAAAUUUUUUGUUUCUGAUUUUAGCAAAACUGAAUGCACAUAAAUUUGAUAGGAAUGCUGGUCCAAUCAUUUCAGUAACUUCUUGCUUCACUAGCUCAUAUAGCACUGACUUUUACUUGUCUCA